AAAACCCUUGCGUGCUAUUAUUUUAGAGUUUUCCUGGCUUCCUGUGUGACCCUCUGGAUGUCUAGAGGCCCCCACUGAGACAGCCCCCCGCAUGGCAUGAAAUUAAGCAUCUGACUAUCUGUGAUCAGUUGCCUCUUGUCAAGUCAACGUCUUGAUCUGUAUAGCCUUUGACCCCCUACUAAAUCAAGGUCCUGAUCUGGAUUGCCCAGAAGAUUAUGGAAUGGUGAAGGCAGCCAUUUUGCGAGGGUAAGCUUUCAGCUGGGAGAAGAAGCAGCAACAGGCAACGGGGUCUUUUCCUUCAACGUCUUCAAGUCAUUAAAAUGAAGGAAGAACCAGAAAGCUCAGUCCUUGAACCUGGGAUAGGAGGCGAAGGAUCGGAAGAAGCGCCACAAAUCAUUCAGGCUGGGAGUAUCAAAGAACUCCUCCACAGGACCUCCAAAAAGCAGUUUACCCAGGUUCCAGGCAAGGGGCUGCUUGAGGAGUGGGAGAACCAGUGGCAGGAGUUCUUGGAGACGCUGGAGUCUCCCAGCUUGGACUCUGGUGACCCACAGCCUCCACAGGCAGAGCCCAGCCCAUGGGAUGACGCCAAGGCCUUCCUGGCCUCCUUCGAGCAAGUGGCUGAGGCCUGCCGGUGGCCCAAAGAAGAGUGGGUGAGCCGACUAGUGCCAGCUCUCAGUGGCGAAGCCAAGCAGCUCUUUAAAGGCUUGAAGGCCAGGGACAAAGAUGAUUAUGGGAAGGUGAAGGUGGCCAUUUUGCGAGGGGACACUUUCAACAGGGAGAAGAAGCGACAACAGUUCCGGCAUUUCAACUACCAGCAGGCCAAAGGUCCGAGAGGAGUUUACAGCCGCCUCCAGGAGCUUUGCAACCAGUGGCUGAAGGUCGAGAAACACUCCAAGGAGCAGAUCCUAGAGCAACUGGUGCUGGAGCAGUUCCUGGCCGUCCUGCCACCAAAAAUCCAGAAAUGGGUCAGAGAACUUGUCCCAGAGUCAUGCACUGAAGCAGUGGCCCUGACGGAGGAGUUUCUGCUCAUGCAGAAAGAGGCUAAGAAACAGAAACAGCAGCCCAAAGCAGCAAGCAUGAAUAUACCUGAAGGAGAAAGUGGACCCCCUAUUUCAGAGCAGAUAGAGAGUUGCAAACAGGACAAUAGAAGAAUCAGCAAGCCUGACAAUGUUAAUGCUGUGCAGGGUAAGUUUCCAUUUUGUUUAUUCCGUAAUAGCCAACCUGUCUUUUUAUAUAUUCCCAUAGUUCCUUGUUAUCUGCUGAAGAUUGGUUCCGGACCCCCUCCCCCCGCAUAAGCCAAAAAACAAGUAUGCUCGAGCCCCAGUGACUUGAAUGUGGCUCAUGCAUGCAGUGGUGGCGUGGUGGUGCAUGCCACAGGUAUGCACCCCAUACAUUUGAAUGUGACGCGCUGCCCCGCACGACUCUCCACAGGUUUGAGAGUAUGC